GUCCCGCGGAGAAUUCAGGAAGCGCCUCUCCGCUCCUAGUGAAGGAACGGGAACGGACGCUUCCACUUCACUAGCGGCUAUGACCUAGCGACUAGAGACACACUUCGUUGUUUUUUUAGCCACUUCCACUGACUUUUCCUGUAGAGUCGAUAGAGACAGACAUUUAAAAUCUACACGUCUAUGGUUGAAUUGUCAGAUAUUUGUAUUUAGAGCAAGCUAGCCGCGCUGGCUAGCUCGCAGUGUGACAGACAGUUUGACAUCUCGCAGGGAUUAGCGCCACAGUAGAAAGGUAACUAGACAUUCCUGCCUGGAUUACUGGCUUUAAUCAAACAUCUCUCCAGCCUGCAAGCAAAAUGAAGAUCGCUGUGGAAUUUGAGGAGUGUUUGAAGGACUCCCCGCGAUUCAGAGCCACCAUAGAGGAAGUGGAGGGGGAUGUGUGCGAGCUGGAAUCCAAGCUUGACAAACUGGUGAAGCUGUGUAUUGGGAUGAUCGACGCUGGGAAGGCCUACAACACGGCCAACAAACAGUUUGUCAACGGCAUCCGGGAGCUGGCGCAGCAGUCCACCAAAGAUGAGGUCAUCGAGUCCAGUCUCACCAAGUUUGCAGAGAGCCUGACGGAGAUGAUCAACUAUCACACGAUACUCUUCGAUCAGGCGCAGAGAUCAAUAAAGACCCAGCUUCAAACGUUCGUCAAGGAAGACCUGCGUAAGUUCAAGGAGUCCAAGAAGCACUUUGACAAGGUGAGCGAGGAGAAGGAGGCCGCCCUGGCCAGGAACGCCCAGGCCCCACGCAACAAGCAGCACGAGGUGGAGGAGGCCACCAACAUCCUGACCGCCACGCGCAAGUGCUUCCGCCACAUCGUCCUCGACUACGUCCUGCAGAUCAACGUCCUACAAUCCAAGAGAAGAUCGGAAAUCCUCAAAUCGAUGCUGACCUUCAUGUACGCCCACCUGACCUUCUUCCAUCAGGGCUAUGACCUCUUCAGCGAACUGCAACCCCUGAUGAAGCAGCUGGGAGGGCAGUUGGAUCAGCUGGUGGUGGAUGCAGCCAAGGACAAGAGAGACAUGGAACAGAAGCACUCGACCAUCCAGCAAAAGGACUUCUCGAAUGACGACACCAAGCUGGAGUACAAUGUUGAUGCAGAGAAGGGCAUCGCCAUGGAGGGAUACCUGUUCAAAAGAGCCAGCAAUGCUUUCAAAACAUGGAACAGGCGAUGGUUCUCUAUCCAAAACAACCAGCUAGUCUACCAGAAGAAGUUCAAGGACAACCCCACAGUGGUGGUGGAGGACCUGAGGCUGUGCACGGUGAAGCACUGCGAGGACGUGGAGCGACGCUUCUGCUUCGAGGUGGUGUCCCCCACUAAGAGCUGUAUGAUGCAGGCGGACUCUGAGAAACUGAGGCAGGCCUGGAUCAAAGCGGUCCAGAACAGCAUCGCCACCGCCUUCCGCGAGCGAGGAGACGAGGAAGAGAAGCUGGACAGGAGGGCGUCCACGUCCACGGGGAGCCUGGACUCUGGGGGCGAGCCCAAGGAGAAGCCCCUGAAGGGGGAGAGCGCCCUGCAGAAGGUGCUCACCAUCCCCGGCAACUCCUGCUGCUGUGACUGCGGCCAGCCGGACCCCCGCUGGGCCAGCAUCAACCUGGGCAUCACGCUCUGCAUCCAGUGCUCUGGCAUCCACAGGAGCCUUGGGGUCCAUUUCUCCAAGGUGCGGUCACUGACUCUGGACACCUGGGAGCCUGAGCUGCUCAAGCUGAUGUGUGGACUAGGGAACCAGGUGGUCAACGGUAUCUUCGAGGCUCGUAGAGAGGAGCUGGUUGCCCGGAAACCACAGCCCGGAGACCCCAGGCAGGACAUCGAGGCCUACAUCAAGGCCAAGUACGUGGAGCGGCGGUUCGUACGGCGGCCGUCGGACGAGGAGCUCCGCACCAAGGUGGUGUCCCUCAGCAAGCAGGAGAAGAGGCUGAGCAGCAGCCACGACCACCUGCCCCCCCGGCCGCCUCCCCCCACCCCCAAGCUGAGGCCCGCCUCCAACGCCUCCGGGAAGUCAGUUGGAGCCAGUGGCCGUCGUGACUCUCUCUUCUGUGCCGACGAACUCGACUCGCUAUUCUCCUACUUUGACACUUCCUCCAAGCUGAGGAACAUCAGAAGUGCAGACAGCGGCAUUCAGAACAGCGCCGAUGGCAGCAGGGAGAUGCUGGCCGACACACCCUCUACUAUCAGCCCGGCGGACACAGACCCCCCGGAGGCCCCCCCCAUGGCCAUGCCGGCGGUGCUGCCCCCCGCCUCGCCCUGCAGGGAGCCGGUGUUCUACGAGCCCAAGGACUGCAGCGCGGGCCUGCAGCUGUACUGGGCGGCGGGGGCCCGCAGCCUGCCCGACAUGGCCGAGGCCCUGGCCCACGGGGCCCCCGUCAACUGGGUCAACGCCGAGGACCAGAAGCGCACGCCGCUCAUCAUGGCCGUGCAGGGGGGGUCGCUGGUCACCUGUGAGUUCCUGCUCCAGAACGCAGCCAAUGUGAACCAGCAGGACGCCCAGGGAAGGGCCCCCCUCCACCACGCCACCAUCCUGGGUCACACGGGACAGGUGUGUUUGUUCCUGAAACGAGGAGCCAAUCAAAACGCGGCAGACAUGGAGGAGAAGACCCCCCUGUCCAUGGCCGUGGAGGCCGCCAACGCCGACAUCGUCACCCUGCUGCGGCUGGCCAAGAUGAACGAGGAGAUGCGAGAGGCGGAGGGCUACAGUCCCGCAGGUGAUGAGACUUACCAGGAUAUUUUCCAGGACUUCACCCAGAUGGCCUCCAACGACCCAGAGCUGCUCAACCGCUACGAGCAGUACAAUACGCCCAGGCCCGGCCCGUAGCCACCCCGUUGGCCUCCAACUGCAGUGGGGGGCUGCCACGCUCGCUGCGAGCCACACAGCACCGCGGUGGUCUGAAACCCCCCCCCCCCCUCCUCCUCAUCUUCAUCGUCAUUAUCGUCUUCGUCAUUAUCGAAUGGCGACAGGUGGCUGGUCAUCUUGUUUCUUCCUUCAGGCUCAAGGCUUCAUGGCUUCAAGGAUCCAACGCGUCAAGGCUUCAAGGCUACUGUGAAGAGUACCGGCGGUUCACCUCAUGACGGUCCACACGGCUUGUGGAGUCCAGGAGGUCAGAGUGCCUACUUCCUCUCGGAUCUUUAUUUUCUACUCUACUCUGUAAACCAAUGGUACAGCGGCCGCAGCCUUUCAGGUGAUCCGUCCGAUGGGACUGACACGAGGCGGUGUUCGGGACGGCCCGAUUCCUCCGAGGCUCUCGCGUCGCAGCCACGGUCGAGGAGGGACGUUUGAUUCCUGAUGAUCCACAGAUGGCGUUUCCCAGGAACAAUACGGACGAUGGUGUUAGGACGAGUUUACCCUAGGUUAGAUGGUUUGUGAUAUAAUGAUGAAUGUGCCCAAUAGACCGACGAUUUGUCUUUGCUGAAUCAUUGCACUAUGUAAUGGAGUUGGCUGGAGAGGCACAUAGAAAACCACAUGCUGUAUCAUUUUUGACGCAGAGAGAUGAAUGGGCUUCUGGCCGGCAUGUGUGUGGACCGGAGGAAUUAUAUAACGUAGAGUAUUUGCACAAAUCUGUGACAAAUCGUCCAAAACCACUGAUGUUUACCAACUGCCCCAGUGAGACUAGUAUGAAACAAUGCGGUCAUCAUAUCAACGUUUUAUUCAUGGGUCUCAUCUGUACUGUACAAAAAAAAAAAAGGAAUCUCAUCUUUUAAGUCAUUUUAUUCAUCGCUUUUAUAUAUUAUACGCUUUAGUUAUUUUUCCAAAUGUUUCACUGAACGAUUUUCUACUUGUCUCUUUUCACACCUCCUCUGGUGAUGGGGAAGCUGAGGUUGUGUUAUCAAACCAAAUGCUCUCUGUUAUCGGAAGAUGAUUGCGCUCAUUCAAUAGAGACGUGGAAUGAGAUGCUCAUUUCGCGAGGGGAGCUGAUGGCCCUGUGUUGUAUCCAGUACUUGCUCUAGGUACUGAAGUGGGUUCCUCCAACAUACGCCUGGAAAGUAUUGCUAAAAGCAUAUGGAAAAAUGAAUCAUUUCUGGGUGUUGACUUUCUGUACGGGAAGGGGUUUUCGUGGUGUGGAAAAUCACGUGGCAGCUCAAUAAUCUCAAAGAAAACUAAAAUGCUAAACCUGUGAAGGUUAGAUUCUUCUAUUUUUUGGGUAGUUGUGAGAAUUAUUUUAUCCGACAUGUGACCGAGUUGACACGCCGAACAUAUGUUUCGAUCUAAUGAUUUAAAGCGUAUCGUGACCAGCCUAACAGAAUCUUCAGAUAAACCCACAUGGCAAAUUAUCUUUGUUUUGAUUCCAUUUAUUUUGUAGGUUAAAUAUUUCUGUACUUAAUUUAUAGAGCUUUCAAUGUCUCGACUUGUUUCAAUGGCAGGAGUAUGAUUUUGUGUGCAGUGAAGUUAAUCUUCUUCCAGUGAAUCCUGGGGUCAAGAAGAUAUUGUACAUUUUGUAGAGAUGCUUUUGAGCACGUAAGAGAAGGGAGGAAAAAGCAAGUGGUACUGGAAUCAUUAAAAAAAGGCUUUUGUAAAUGCUGUCCUCUUCAUCAACCAGUAUCUGUAGUUUAUUUUGUAUUGCAUGUCUGUCUAUACCAAUGCACAUGUUUAUCUCAACUGUAAUAUCUUAAGACUUUAAUAUGCUUCAAAUUAUGAAGAUUAAUUAUAAACCCUGAA